CAAAAUUAAAGUUGGGGAAAAUUGCUCAGCUUGCUCUUUCACAUGGUCACCAGGCAUGUCUGUUUCACAACAUGCUGUAUCAAAUGAGAGGAAAGGCUGGCUUGGCUCAGUACCAGUGGUCCAAAUUCCACAACUUUCUCCCGACUGAGAUUACUGAAGAUUGUGUAAACACUCGUGAAUCCCGUUAUUGACGCCCACUGAACCUUACCUCAGUUCUUUGGCUGAGGAAGCAUCAGCAACAGGACAAAUGUAAUCACUUAGUAACUAAAGCCUAAAGAACCAACACUCUGACCUCUGACUGCAGUAAACUGAGACAAUUACUAUUCUUUUGUUAAGGACUUUGAGCACAUGUAUCUGUAACUCCUGGAGGAGCUCCAGCAGGAUUCCUUUUAUUGUUUUUCUUUUUUCAUUGGCGACACAUGAAGAAGGAAGGAUGAGGAAAGCGUGUUUGUUGGCAUUAUUCCUCCUUGGCAUGGCUGUCGAGGGAAGAGGUGCUGCAGGGAAAGCAAAGGACUCUGCAGAGUCUCCAGACCUUGUCAAGACAAGCAAACUCAAAGAAACCGACGCCAUUCCUGAAAAAAGCGGCUCUUCUUCAGGAUUUCUAGGUAACCUGCUGGUGGUGCCUAUGGAUGGGAGUCACUGGGUGGGCAUAAAAGCCAUCGCACAAGAAAUGGGUCGGCGUGGACAUAGGGUCACUGUGGUGAUUCCGGAGCUCAGCAUACGGAUGGGCCCGGGGAAAUACUAUGAUACAAUCACUUAUCCUGUUCCCUAUGGCCGGGACUACAUGGAUUUUGUGAUGACCUCAUACAAGGACAUCUUGGACAAGUCGGCACAGCCUUUAUUGGAGAAGAUAAAGAAGCAAUUCAGUCAGAUCCAGAAAAUUACAAACCUUCUUCACACCACAGCAGAGAGUCUUCUGUUCAACGCCAGCCUCAUUUCUCAUCUGGCACAGCAGAACUUCGAUGCAGUCCUGACAGACCCAGUGGUCCCGACAGGCUUGAUAGUUGCUCACAAAUUAGGUAUCCCCACCAUUAACUUGCUGCGGGGGGUUCCCUGCUCUCUGGACAUGAAGGCUACAGGCUGUCCCUCCCCACCUUCCUAUGUGCCUCGUUUCUUCACCGGAUUCACAGACAGGAUGAGCUUUAAGGAGCGAGUCAUCAACACAUUGGUGGCGUCGCUGGAGCCGAUGUUUUGCCGGCUGAUGUAUUGGCACUUUGACCAAAUAGCCUAUGACUUCCUGGACGAGAAGGUGAGCGUGGCAGAGCUUUUUGCCGAGUCGGCUAUCUGGCUGCUCAGGAUUGACUUUACACUGGAGUUUCCCCGUCCUCUCAUGCCUAACGUUGUCCUGGUUGGUGGGAUCAAUUGUAAAGUGAGGAGCCCGCUUCCUGAAGAUUUGGCGUCUUGGUUAUCAGGCGAGCAUGGGUUUGUGGUGUUCACUCUGGGCACCAUGAUUUCACAGCUGCCAGAUGACAUCACUUCCACCUUUCUGGGUGCCUUCAGCCAGAUUCCUCAGAAGGUGAUAUGGAGGUACACUGGGAAGGUUCCACACAGAAUCCCAGACAACGUGAAGAUGAUGAAAUGGGUGCCUCAGAACGACCUGCUAGCUCAUCCUGGAGUUCGAGCUUUCAUCACUCACGCCGGCUCGCACGGGAUAUUUGAGGGCUUGUGUCACGGCGUUCCCAUGGUGAUGGUGCCACUGGCCGCAGAGCAGCCCGACAACGCACAGAAGAUAGCGAGCAGAGGAGGCGGCGUUGUGCUGGACAUCACCGCUCUCACCACGGAAACCCUGCUGCAGGCGCUGAACGAGGUCAUCAACGACUCCAGGUACAAGGAGAACAUGGGGAAGCUUUCAGCUCUUCAUAACGACCGGCCCAUCGACCCUCUGGAUCUGUCAGUGUUCUGGACUGAAUUUGUGAUGCAGCAUCAAGGAGCGAAACACCUCAGACCUGCUUUCCAUGACCUGUACUGGUUCCAGUACCACAGCCUGGAUGUCAUGGUCGUACUAGCUACCGUGCUGUUGGUUUUUGUGGCACUGAUUUUUAAAUGUCUGAAGCUCUGCCACAGGAAACUGAGCAGGAAGAGAAAACAAGAGUAGCUGGAGUUGCAAAUUCUCCGUUUCCAUCCUUAUCAGUGUGGGGAAAGGAAGUUUUAAAAUGGUGGUAAAAUUCUGGUUUCAAACGCUGUAAAGAAUCAAAAUAAAUCCAUGGAGG